AACACCGAAAAACCUAAAGUCGAGUUGUGGAGUUAUUUCCAGCGAUUCACAUGACUUGCAAAUGGUCUGGCUCGUCGUCAGGUAAACACAUCAGGUAGAUUAGGGUGGACCAACGAAGGUUGCAUCUCUUCAACGGCCCUUUCCAUUUCUACAGACUAGCUGAUUUCACAAGGCUCUACGGAAUUGAACCUCCUCGAGAAAGUGGGUAUAACUUGAAACUGUGACUCUUUUAGUUAUUGAAACCACAUAUUGCUCUUAAUCAGCAGCUAAACACCAAGUUCCUUGCAUAAAGACCAGCCUGAAGGGCAGGUAAACGCAGCCGUGUUCCUCCAAACGACUGAUAAUGGCACAUACGUACACACACACACCGCAUAUAUUCAUUUUCGGUUUGCCUUAUUUUGCAUUUUUCGGAUCUGCCGCUUUCGGUGCAGCCGCGAAUCGGAUCUUUGUUUCAGUUACUCGAGAAGCGGCGAUAUGAGCGGCAGUCAACUUCUUCGCGCCCUGCGACGAUCACUGGGAUUGGGCAGGCACCAGCUGAAGGUCGAUAGCCGGCAUGUGGUGCUCAUCACGGGUUGCGAUUCGGGAUUGGGCCACUCCAUGGCCGUUUACUGCCACGAGUCGCUGCACAUGACCGUGGUUUCGUGCUGCCACAACAUCAAGUCGGAUGGAGCUAGGCUGCUGCAGGACCUAAGCUCGUCCGGUGUUGGACUCACCAGGAUGCACACCUUGGAACUAGAUCUGUUGGAACCCGAUUCCAUUCGCCUGGUGCAUCAGCAGCUGAGGGAUAUACUGGCCAAAGACCCCAGCUAUCGGCUAACUGCGCUGAUAAAUAAUGCAGGAGUAAUGUGCUUCGGGGAAUUCGAGUGGCAGCUACCGGAACAGAUCGAGGCACAGAUUAACUGCAACCUGCUGGGCACCAUGAGGUUAACCCGCGAGCUGUUGCCCCUGCUCAGGCAGCAGCAGGGCAGGAUCAUCAACGUGACCAGCCACUGUGGAUUGCAGGCUCUGCCCGCUCUUGGUCCCUAUGCCGCCUCCAAGGCAGCCCUUCGCUUCUGGACGGAUGCGCUCCGCGUGGAACUGCAGCAGUAUGGCAUGGAGGUGGUCAACUUCAUACCAGGUUCCUUUGUCCUGGACAGCAACAUUGCGGCCAGACAGCAGCAGCAUGCUCAGAAGAUGCGCGAAGCCUUCAGCCCGGAGCAACACGCUCUGUACGACACGUACUUCGAGGCCUUCAAUGGUUAUCUGAAAGUUCUGAGCGGCUUUAAGCCGCCCAAUCGGCUGAGGAACGAGUCGCUGCUGGCCAAAUUUAAGGAUGCAUUGACCAGCUCACAACCCUUGGCCUUGUACAUCGAGGAACCCCGUAGAUAUCGCCUGUAUCGCUGGCUCUUUUCGCUGUGCCCCACGCCGCUGGUGGAUUGGCUUACGGUGCGCUUCUGCGCCAUGCCCACCUUCGAGUCAACAAACAGGCGGGAGAAGAUUUAGAUUAAUCCGUAGUCUAUACAUUUUACAUAUACAUUGUAGCACGUUGGAAUACUUGGCUAAGGGCUGUGGCAAAUAAAUCGAGCUGAAUCCAGGGAAUGGAAAACGCC